AUGUUUCAUUUGUUUGUAACUUAUUCUCGCUGCAAACUAAAUUCUUCUUACUUUUUUUCUAAAAAGUUAACUUCUACUUCUUUUACAAAAUUGGCAUUUUUUUCUUCUGAAAAAAUCCUUUAUUUUCUUCUUCUUUUUUCUCCUCCCGUUCAACUUUUUUCUACUUCUACUACAACUUCUUCUUCAUCGUUAUCUUUACUUCUUCCAUAUAUCUUCUCCUUAAUUCACCUUUCUUUUUUUCUUCUUCAUCGUCAAGGAAAUUUUUUUCUCCUUUUUUCUCUUUUUUCCUCUUCCUUAUACAACUUCUUCUUUAUUCUUCUUUCCUCCUCUAUCUCUUCUUCUUCAUCAUACACCUAUAUAUCUUCUUAUUCUUUUCUUCCUUCUUUUUCUUCCUUUUUCUCCUCCGUUCUUCUACUACAACUUCAGACUUCUUCGCAUUCUUCUCCUCCUCCUCUUUACUUUUUCUUCUUCAUCAUCUUCUACUUUCCUCUUCCAUAUAGUAUAUCUUCUUAUUCUUUUUCAGGAUUACCUCCUUCUUUUUUUAAAUCUAAAGAGGGAUAA